AUGGCUUUGUCUGCAAAAAUCCCCAUAAAAGAAGCACGGAAGAUGGCACAGCUCGGGAAUGUCAAUCUGAUCAGUAGAGUGGAGCUUGGAGGUCGGAGGACCGGGUGGAGAGUGGAGGAGAAGGGAAUGAAGCCGAAAGAGCCAAGGAGGUUUGGCCGUUUGGGAAAAAGACGAAGCAGUGAGCCAGUGACCAGUGAGAUGAUGAGAAUAAAGUUGAAAGAGAGAGUGAGAGAUUAG